UCAAGUUUUUGUGUUUUAUUUUUUGAUUUAUAAUCAUUUGCAUAAGUAAUGCUUACUUUACUGUGUAAUACAGUGUAUGCUUGAGUUCAAUGUCUUUUUAUGCAUUUCAACAAACAGCAUGUUUGAAAUAGUGUGUGUUGAAGAUUUCUGUAUUAUGAGAUGGAGUUUUAUUUUGUAUUGCUGGUCAACUUUUCUAUUUUGUAUUUCUGUUUCAAGUUUGGGCAGGAUAUUUGCAUAUGUUUACUUAUGUGACUUAUCUGAUAGAUGGCUUUUGAUCUAAUUUUCCAGUUUUUCUCUUCAACUGCGCUUAAAGCCACAUACAGUAGGAAAGUGAAGAUUAUGUUUUUCCAAGUGAUCACUGUUAGUGAGUAUAGGGACAGAUUGGUUUACGUACAUGUCAGCACCAGUGCAUAAAUUGGUUCUGAGGUGGUAUUAGCAGUGAACAGAGAAUGUAAGGAGUGUCUCAGUACCAUUUGUGUUUAAGUGCUUUCAAAUCACAUAUUUUUAAAAGGAACCGAAAUACUAGAAGCAACCAGAGGCUGGCUGCAGUUCAGCUGCUGGCUGUCUGCACUGCUGAUGAAGUUUCUCCCAAAGGGGAAGGGCAGUUCACACACACACACAAACACGAGGUGUGCACAAGAUGUGCGAGCUGGCUCUCACAUAACUCACAAAACUAUGAGUUUUGGUCAUUUAAAGAUUUGCAGUUACACAGCUGAAUGUUAAAUAGAAAGGUAUUCUUGAGGAAAUGCAUGAGCCUCGCAUAUGCAAUCAAUUCCACUGCCAUUCCUGGCUGCUACAGAUACUUUUCUGUCAUGAUAUCCAUUUCUCAAGCUUCAUUGACACAUAUACAUCAUCUUUUUUCAUGUAGAACUUUAAUGACCCUGUUUGCACUAUUAACCCAUUCAUCUUCAAGUGUCAUGUAUGUGAAAAGGUCCAAAAUGUGGAUGAGAUUUAGCUUAUCACAUGCUUUCAGAUAACUUCAACAAUUUGAACAGAUGGUCAAAAAUAUUUUUGUUGGUUCUUUCACAUUUGUCAAGAAACCUUGUGAAUAAAUAGAAGUAGGGUUGAGACUGUUUUUCAGAGCUACCCCGAAGUAUUUGAGGCUUUUUUUGUCCCUAAACUAGAUAGAAAUUGUGCAUUCAUAAUCUAAAAGAAAUCUCAGCUUGUGUUGUUUCUUAGAGCUGUAAAACUCUUAAAGAAGAAUCUGCAUCAUCACAGAGUUCCUUGGGUUCUGUCAGUAUUAAAAAUGACUGCAGUGGGCACCUCCAGUAGGUAUACACAUUUAAUUACAAAAGAUAAAUAAUUCUGCAGUAGGCUGGCAUGGUUCUUGUAGAGGUUCCCUUUGUUUCACAUGAUAGAGGAUUUAUUCUAAAAAAACCCCAACACUGAAAUCAAUGCAGAUAUUUACGUCAUCGGGGAUUUUGUCCCGGGCAUGUAUUGUACUCUUGCAUUUGAACUGGCAAAUACAGCAGUUCAUUAUGAUAGGAAGGUUUGGGGAUUUGUUUGCUUUUCUUUACUGGCACCAUGCCUGUUGUGCAGAUUCGAAGUUACUAGAGCAGUGACGCAGCCAGGUCCAGGGAUGCAUAGUGUGUUUUUUGCAGCUUAGAGCUCAGUGAAUAUUUCUGGAGCAUUUUAGUUAUAUGCGGAAGUAAUUAUUUCAGCAUUUUGAGAUUGAUGUACCUUGUCUUCUGUGGUAUCCGUGACCUGUUCAGGAAGGCAGUGGACUGGCCAUCUCUGCCUCCUCAAUACUAUGUUAUUAACAUGACGUUACCUAAUGAGCUAACUAUUCGUAUUUUUCUUCUUUUUUUCUGGAUGCUGUGUUUAUGCCAAAAUACAAGCCAUCAUUUUCAUUUCUAGUCAUUAAAUAACAACGAUGCGAUAGAACAAACCUGCUGUUUCCUGUUGCUUCUGUGUUUGUAUUUUGUGCCUGACUCUUAACUUAAGAAGCCACCCUUGUCUAUGCAUCAUCAGUUUCAUUGGAUUUUCAUAAUUCAUUUCACUUUGGCAUUUACAUGUUCUUGCAGUUUACUUUAGGUGUUAUCUAGUCUACAUUAUCACAGUGUCCAGGUUCUUGUGCAGUUGCUUUGGGGUUCUGUCUCUAGAGGGGAAUUUUUGAAGUGCCCCAAAAUAUUGUUUUGAUCUUUGGAAAACAUUAAACCACUUACUUUCACACAUUACUUCUCAUAUGCAGAAGAUCUGUACAUCACUAAAAUUCCACUCACCUCCUCAUGUAAGUGCUAAAUUUAGAAGUAAAUAUUACUCAAUCUCUUUUGUAGAACUGUCUGCGUGGCUGAAUUUCAUUAAUUAUAUUUUGAUGAAUACAUUCUUUUAAAUUCAGAUCUAACCUUCCCUCAAAUCUUAACAUAAUACAAAGCAACACUCUAAUACAAGAACACACUUCUAUGUACAAAUACAAGCAUUGUCAUUUCUUUCCAGGUGUUUUCUGUGUUCUCGCAGAGCUCUCUUGAGCACAGGAAGAAAUGCUUCUAAUGAUGUUCAGCAGUACAGUCACUAUAAAAUAAGCUCUUCUUCCAGUGGCGUUACCACCACACUGCACAGCCAUCCUCACGUGAGGAAGCAUUCCUCUAUAGGAGGAGCACCCUAAGGGAUUUCAUUUAGGUGUUUCUCCACCUUCUGCAUAACAGUUGCCAUUUCUGGAAUAACUUCUUCAACAGACUUCAACAUAUCAAUCAUGUAGGAGUAGGUAUCAUUCUCUCCUGAAUAACCUGGGCAGGUGUUACAAGUCUUUAAGCCUCAGAUUGCUGGUAAGUGAACUUCAACAUACCAUCUAAUUUUAGAAGAGCAGACGUUUAUCACAUACAGGGAAUAUGGUUCUGUAAAUUUAGAUAUAUGCUAAGAAAAUGCAUUAUUUAUUUAUUGGUUCUGCAGAUCCAAAAUAUAUAUAGUUCAAGCAACAGACCUGCAAGGAAAAAGUCCCAAAUUGUAAAUACAGGGACACCUGCUGCUGCCGCCCUUACACUGCAGUUACUCCUGUGAGUAACCUGUCAGUCUUUAAAACUGCUUAUCUACAUCUCACCCAUUACAAUUAAUCCUUGUAGAGAAUAGGCCAGUAAAACUUGCUAGCAACAGUAGUUUCCUGUCUUAUUUCUUUAGGGACUUUCUUUUCAAGAUUUUUUUCUUAAACAGGACAAGUGGUUUCAGAGAGUGGGCAAAAAAGGCUAUACCUUACCUUGUUGAUCAUGGAGAAAUUUGUACCUUAGGAAGACUUCAUGGGCAUGGAACCUAUGUUCAGAUUUGGAAAGAAUAUUCCCUAAGAAAGAAGGUAAAGAGAGAAGAGGAUCCAGGACAUUUAUUCUUUUCCAUUUAAAAAUUGCUGAAAAACUACUAAAUAAAUUAUUUCUGUUUCUCAAAAUAAACAGUGUGAUACUUGCUUUCUUGUGCAAUCCUUUUAGUAUCCAUGAUCAAUGAGGCAUGUCUGAUUGCUUACACGUAUGUGACACAAUGAAGGAGAGCAGUAUGAUAAGGACUACCCUUGUCAAAUACUGGCAUUCAUUGCUGAAUUUAGGGAGUUUCUCAUUUAUCUUAGCUGAUGGAAACUUGUGUUCUGGCAUCUGAUGGGCAGGGAGAUUCAGAGAUUCUACCUAAACACUGAAUUUCUCCUUAGAGUCAAGUGGAGAAACUGUACAACGAGUGCUUCAGAGAACUUGGCUGGAAUUCCAGCUUUUCUUCAGAGGCAGGUUGGGCACCAGCAUGAGGAUGAUUUAGCAGCCCUCUUCAAGAGGGCCGAAGGCCAAUUGGUAGGAGGCACUAGGCCCACAGUGAGUCUGUGGUAUGUUUAAGUCAGUAAGUGUACUUACCAGUGUACUUACCUAAUACUUAAUUCAGGUCUCCAGCAUGAUGGUUUAGGCACUUGCCCAGGAGCUGGGAGAUCCAGCCUGUUCAGCAGCACCUAAGCACCACUUCCACUGCCUGUACCCAAUGCAGGGCCAUGGUGGUCAGGUUGAAUGCUUACUUCUAGAUCCUCGAAGGAUUUUUUGCGCGAGAGGCAUACUUACCUUUGGUGUAGCAAGUGCAAGAAUUUUCAUCUUUUUUUCAUUUUUAAAUUACAUUUUCUGAGAACUGGGUUCCUUUUUUACUUUUUUUUUUUUCUGUAGGCUGUUAGAAAAUAGUGCUAUUCCUUCUGCAUUACUGAAUUAUUGCACUGAAAUGCUGAAGUCAUGCAAUUCGGUUGGAAGAUUAAUGAGGUGUGGUUUCUUUUUCCAGAGUAAAUUCUAAAAGCUGGGGGUCACAGGAGACAUAGACAGUUUAUUAUUAUGGUUUAUAUUUUGCUUUGGGUGAAUAUACUUUAUUUCACUGGGAAUACGGUAGGUGUGAAGUCAUUUGCCCUUUUAUAUAGGGGCAUAUACUGUUUAUUAGUAAUAUUUUCCUUUCUUACUUGUUAGUGUUUACCAACAGCAUUGUAAAUGUGUUCUUCAUAUUUAUUUAAAUAACUUUUGCUCAUAAUAAAAUUUUACAAGUUUGCAAUUGCUCCCCCUACAGCAUCAGUUCUUCAAAGAGAGAUGCACAUGCCAAAUUUUAUGCACUGUGAGUAAUCCCAUUGCCUUCAAAGGAGCUGUCCAAUGCAUGAAGUCACUUAGGUCCUUUUAGGAGCAGGUCUAAUUUUUUACAGUGUUGAAUAUUAAGAGAUUGGCAUUUUUACCUUUAUUUUUGAAGGGGCAAGUGAAUGUUUCCGUUAGAUGCAAUUCACUCACUUUCCCAGUAAGACUUGUGAAAACCUCACUUUGCAAAGGUAAUGGAGAGUGACACGUAUCUACAGCUUCACCAUGUAUUCUUAAAAGUCUCGUUUCUGUGUACCGUACACCAGCUCACUUUUUUUUCCCAAGGUUUUUUUUUAUGUAUAGAUAGGCACAAACACACACACCUCCUUGGUGAACUGUGCUGAUGAUGCCUCUUCCUUUGACUGAGAUGAAAUACUGAGGCCUGAGCUCUAGCCACUUGUAUUUCAGUGAUAGCCUUCUAGCCAUACUUUACCUAAAGUGUACCUAGUGCAACUGGCCAUUGCAUUUGGUUUUGGAGAUGGCCAUUUUUCAAUAGUGUACAAAAUUACUCUUGUAUGAAUCAGCCAUUCUUGCUAGACAUGACCUAAAGAAAAGUUCGCCUUGAGGACAAACCAACGUUGGAGCAUGUUGCACAGGCAGCUUGUGUAGUCCCCAUCUUUGGAGGUUUUCAGACUGACAAAGCCCUAAUCAAGCUGGUCUGAACAUAGUCUUGGCCAUGCUUUGAGUGGGAUAUGUGAAUCAGUAACUUCUGAGGUUCCUUCCAGUGUUUCCAUGAGUCUGCAUGGGGGAUAACUUCAGGGAAUGGCCUAGAACAGCACUUACCAUGUUUUUCCAUUGGUAACUCCAUUUCCAGAUCUGAGAUUCACUUUUGGAGUGGGAAAUUUCACAGGAUUUCCAACCCCGACCCUCAGCACUCCAGCCCUUUGCUUGAGGAAUUUCAGAACUUACAGUAUUGUAUCUUCUGGUUGAAAUUAAGCAAGAGAUUUUUUUAUACCGAACAUAUUUUCAUGCCUAGCACUUGCAGCUGGAGAAAUGGUUUUUAAUUCAGGGCCUCUUGAGGAGAGCAGUUGCGUGGAUACUAAAGUAUACAGAGGUUGGGGAACCACUGAAACGAGGUGGAUGGCCUUGGAUUGGGAGCCGUAGCAGUGGAAGCCUGUGCCUGGAGGAAGCCCGCAGGCGUUUCUUGGAGCCUUUGCUAACAGGCAGCAGACUCUGUAGCUUCUGGCUUCCACACUUUGCUUUCAUUCCUUCAUUCCAAACUGUCUAUUUAGAUUCUUUCUAAAGAGUUUUUUGAGCACAGCCUCUUCCUUCAUCUCUCUCCCUACCUUGGCUAUCUUAUCACAACCAUGCACUCUCUUUCAUUCUCCUAAAGUAUGCCUUUUAUAACACAGUACCUUCUGCAAGUAAUUUUUCUCCAUUUAAGUAGUACUUAAACUGAUGGGAUGAGAUGGUACAGAAUGGAGCAUGUGAAAAAACUUAGCUGCCAAGGGAUUUUAAUUUUUCAAGUGGCAUAACACAACCAAUUAUAAUGUAAUUCAACUAAGUAAUUCUGUGUUGAUUAUUUCAUCUUCUUUGCAUGUCCAAAAAAUUCAAUGAGAUCUCUCUCAUACCUUACCCAUGAGAAUAGUUUUGUUGACUUCUAGAAACUACUUACAUGCGUAGGUGAGCAGGAUAAAAUGUAUUUAUGUACAGCUGUUGAAAACAUCUAAUGUAGUGGGCCUGUGAUAAUCUAAUAGUACUGAAAAAGGGGAAGCUAAGCUUCUUACUAUGCAUCUUUAUACUCAAGUCAGUAUAAGAUGAAGUAUAAUAUACUUUAUAACAUAAUAUAUAUAAUAUGACUUUAUAAUGUAUUAACAUCAAGGACUUUUUUCAAUGUAGUAAUUAUUUCUGCACAGCAUUAGCACAGGGGUACUUAGUCUAUUAAAAAUUAUUCAAAAGGAACAUUUCCUGUUUUCUCCAUUGUCUGGACCAUUUCCUAGAUGAAUGAGCUUCCUAAAGCUGAUGCUAUGCUUUGUGAGUCAAGUCCUAUGCUCAGAAGCUUAAGCUAAAUCCCCUGUAGGAAUAACUUUACCAGCAUUAGUGGCAUUCGCUGAUCAUGAGUAUGGCUCAAACAUAUUAGAAAAUACCAUUUGAAUAAAACUGCAUUGUAACUCCAUGCCCACACUUCAAUCAGUUAUCAGAAGUCCCACUGACUUCACGGAGGAUUGAGUUUCAUCUGAAGGGUCCUGGGGUUUACAUGGCAUAUCAUGAAAAUCAUGUCAAUUUAAUAAAUAUGCAAAGCAAAUACUAGACUAGCACCAAGAACAUAACAUUGAAUAAGAAUGGGACACGAUGUUCAUCUAUCCCAAUAAAUUAGAGAUCUCUCACAAUUUACCAGGCAAUGAGAGCAGAUAAAAAUGUUUAAGAGAGGAAAAGCAAACAAAUUCCUGCAAAACUUCAUCUGCUUUCUCUACUGGGCUGGGCAGCCCCAUUUUUGAAGUAGCCUCUAAUGAAGCUCUUCAGUCCAAACUGGAGCUGCAAAGCUCUUCAGACUUUUUUCACUGAAGCAGUGGCAAGGGAUAGAGUGCAGAGUUAGUCUCCAAGUGAUCUGUCCAGCAUAAAUGUAAAUGUUAAAACAUCUUUGUUUCUUUCUUUCUUUAAUUUAUAAAAUAAAAUAUAUAUUUGAUUGUUGUUACAUAUAUACAAUUUUGGCAGAAGUCACCUUAGCUUUCAGGUCGCAGUGAAAAGAACUGAAAAGAACUAUUCACACUUCAUUUGGUAGUAGCAACUGAUAGCUGAAUCCAAAAAUAAUCCUUAUGGAUUAAUUGUAUGAAUACUUGUUGCUGUCUUCCCAAGUAUUCAUGGUGUUGAGAACUAGGAGAAAGGAACCCAUGUAUGUCACAGGAAACUAGGUUUCACAUUGGCAGGUUCUACUGAUCUUAGGGGCACCCAAUCCAGAAUAUUUCUGCUUAUGAGAAACGCACCACUCUUCUUUGCCUUUUUCCACCCCACCACCCCUCCCACCAUGGGAGCAUUUUCACAUAGGAAUCUACUUCAUCUCCUGAGGAAUCAUACAGUAGCUCUUUGAUAGUAGGAGUUGAAUUUUUUGUAUGCAUCCUUUCAUGGGUCUAGUUAGGAGGGCAUGUAAUUACCAAACUCAAGAGUUAGUAAGCAUUUUUUUUGUAACAUAUGGCUGUAAAUACACAGAAAUAACCUAAAUGAGAAAGUGUAACACUAGGGUGCUUUAAGCUCUCUUCUGAGGUUGGAGUUAGAUAAUUUUAAAAUAGUCUUCAAGAGUGAUUUUAAAGAAUUUGCAGGGCUGACUCACUGCACAUGCUGUCUUGAGUAGUAUCAUCUAUUGUAUCAACUCUGUUUAAAUUGAUUGUAUUUUUAGGAAAGAAUCCUCACUGAAUCACUUUCAAGGAAAAGAAAGAAGUGCAGCAUGUAGAUCUCUGCAUGUAGAUCUCUGCAGGUCGCAGAAGAGGUUUACGUUUCAGCAUUUUCCUAAAGAACUAGUAAAGGCUUUUGAUUUGCUUGCAUAUGAGAAGUAGUUGGUCAAGUAAGGAGUCCUCUGUUAAGCCAAAGGAUUGGGGGGUUUUGUCUGCCUGAUAAUUUUUAAUACUUUAUUUAUUGUUAUCAAACAACAUAGUAUUUUAUUACUUAUCUUCAUGGUUUGUGUUAUUAAGAGAACAGUACCACAACUCUCCUCCAGUGAGCUGUUCUUGAUCUGAAUUGUAGAACCGGAGCAAGCUUAGCAUUCUUGACCAGUUCUCAAUUCAAGAGAACAUGCCUUCUUCCUAUGGGUCUCAUUUUAGGAAGUUUUUUUGAGGUAUACUAGAACACUGUAAAAUAUAAUCCCUUUGUUCUACCUGCCAAAACAUGAAAAUACUGUCUUUCUCUUUGAAGAGGGUGGUUUGAUAAUGGUCAUUGUUCUUUGGGCAAUACUGUUCUAGCUUUCUCAAGUUUUUCUAUCUUACUUUCAUGUAUUGCUAGAAAAAUGUAAUUGUAUUAGAACAUAAUUUAUCUACUGGGUCAAGACAAAAGUCCUUUUAGACCAACAUCCUGCUUCUGAUGAUGGCAAAAAGCAAAUGCUUGGGAAGGAGUGUUAAAAUAGACGUGUAUGGUGUUACUUCCUUUGAUAAACCCUUCCACCCUUCAGCAUCUUGAGGCUUAAACAUGUCCUGGGAAAAUAUUGCAUCACUAUCUGUGUAUUUAAUAAUCCUUGCUGUACUUUUGCUUCCAUUAUUUUGUCUGAUUGCUUUCUUGAUCCACAGUAUUUGUUUCUUCCAUACUACUAUAUGAUAGCAAGUUCCACCAUUUAAUUGCACACUGUGUAAAAAACAAUGUAACAGUUUCAAAUGCAGAAUGAAAUUUUCAUAGUGAUAAAUACAGUUAACAUUCCAGAUUCUGUCCUGGUCAGUCACACUUGAAUUCAAGAGUGGUAGCUGGGAAGGAUACAGUUGACUAAAUGCUUGCAUGUCUUUAAGUUUCACUUUUUUCUACCAUAUCCAAUGAAUAGACUUUUUUAGUGAGGAUUAAAAACAUUGCCUUCAGCUACAUCUAACUUUUUUUCUAUUUAGAAGAAUAUUUAGCUGGGAUGAACCUUAAAUUUCACCUGAAUAAGCCUUUCAGCAUUUGCACAUAACAUCCUUAGCUACUCUGUAGUGGAUAUCAGGUCUUUAGCUUUACAGAGUUUGGGUCACGGUUGCUUAGGAUAUUGUUCUCAGAGACACGAUUAAACCAGAAUAUGUAUUCCUUGCUGACAUUUAUAGCUCAGGUUCAUCCUAAAAUUACCAGGUAAAUAGUUUUGCCUGGGGGCUUGUGAAGAUGUGUGCAGGCUGAGCUGUCUAAUAGACAUGGAGGGCUUAUCGGUCAUGUAAAGAUACAGUGAAAUAAAAUUGAUAUAAUUUGAAAUGUUUAUUUUCCAGAGCUCCUUUUGUAGGUUAAAUGCACAGCAGUGACUUUUCUCUCUGUUAUACAGAGGAGCCAAUAUACUGUUACACACCACACAACUUCACCCGCGAUCAAGCCUUGUAUGCCAGAGGAUAUUGUUGGACAGAAUUAAAAGAUGCCUUGCCAGGAGUUGAUGCCAGCCACUGGCCCUCCUUGUUUGAGCAUAAGUUCCUACCUUAUGCACUGCUGGCUUUUGCUGGGAUAAUGUACAUUCCAGCUCUGGGCUGGGAAUUUCUGGCCUCUACCCGACUGACUUCAGAGCUUAAUUUUUUGCUUCAGGAGAUUGAUAACUGCUACCACCGUGCAGCUGAAGGGCGGGCACCAAAAAUAGAGAAACAGAUUCAGUCCAAAGGCCCGGGGAUCACCGAAAGAGAGAAGAGAGAAAUCAUUGAGAAUGCAGAGAAGGAAAAAAGCCCUGAACAGAACUUGUUUGAGAAAUACCUGGAAAGAAGAGGACGAAGCAACUUUUUAGCUAAGCUUUAUCUUGCCAGACAUUUGUUCAUCAUCUUUUUAAGUAUCAUACCAAUUACAUAUUUAUCCACCUACUAUGCUACACAGAAGCAAAAUGAAUUUACGUGUGCGCUAGGAGAACCUCCAGACAAAACAAGCAGCUCCAAAUUGCACAUCAGAGUGAAUUGCAAACUGCCAUCUGUCCAGCUCCAGCGGAUUAUUGCAGGUGUAGAUAUCGUUCUCCUCUGCUUCAUGAACUUGAUAAUCCUUAUCAACUUAAUUCACCUCUUCAUAUUUCGCAAGUCUAACUUCAUAUUUGAUAAACUGAACAAAGUUGGAAUAAAGACCAAGAAACAGUGGCAGAAGUCCCAGUUUUGUGAUAUCAAUAUUUUGGCCAUGUUUUGUAAUGAAAAUCGGGACCACAUAAAAUCAUUGAACCGUCUGGAUUUUAUUACAAAUGAAAGUGAUCUGAUGUAUGACAAUGUGGUACGCCAGCUGCUUGCAGCAUUGGCCCAGUCCAAUCAUGAUGCCACUCCAACCAUGCGUGAUUCAGGGAUCCAAACGAUAGACCCAAGCAUUGAUCCAGCAGACAUUGAUGCUAAUGAGCAGCUCAUCAUUAAGAGGCCAAGGAAGAAGAUGAAAUGGAUCCCGACUACCAAUCCUCUUCCUCAGCCAUUCAAGGAACAGUUAGCCAUUAUGAAAAUUGAAAACCAUAAACCUGAAAAACCGAAGCCUGUGCGGAGAAAAACAGCAACAGACAGCCUUAUAGCUCCUUUGUUAGAGUCUGCUGCAAAAACCUCACAGCAAUCAUCCGCUCAUAAAACUGAGCCAAACGCCAUGCCAAGCACAAGCAGUGAAAAAAAACACACACGGCACUUUUCCUUGGAUGUUCAUCCAUAUAUACUUAGUAGCAAAAAACCCAAGCCAGAGAUUCAAGCCAUCCCCUCGAUGCCUACAUCAAAAAGCCAAGAGAGUGGAUUUUUAAACCAGGAAGAAAAUGUCGUAGUACACGUUACCUCCUCUCUCAAAGACACCCCUCAUCCUGCAAAAGAGAUCCUAUACUCAUCUGAAACAUGCAGAACUGUGCCUGCUGCUGGGGCUUUUGUCCACAACCAUAUAGCCACCACCGCUGCUGCAACGAAUAUGACUUUGAACCAAGUCAAGGCAGAGCCAGCUCCUGCACUGAACUGCAACCCAGCCCACCCUUUGCUGCACAUCAACACGCUGUACGAGGAUCACGAGGAGGAAGUUUCAAACAUAAUAGACAAUGGUAUUCACUCACCAACUGGCACUGGGGAAAUUCUCUCCAUCCCUACCCCAAAGCAGAUAAGGUUGGCAACAUUUGAUGAACCAAUGGCAAUUGUGAGCUCGGUGGAGUACUGAGGACCUCGGGCUGCACAGCUCUGCCCUCGGUGCCAGGGCCAAGACCACUGCAGUGCGGACCAUGGUCCCCCAACGAUGCAAUUCACUGCAUGAGCAUGGAGAGUUUUCACACAGACUGUAGCUUUUGGUAAUAACACCAGAAGGUUUUUCAGGAUCACAUCAUGAGCACUGUCAGUCAUUUGCAAAAUAGGAUAAAGAAAAUCUGAUGGAAACAGACCUUUAACACCAAAACAACUGUUAGCUCUAAACUAUAGCUUCCUGAUUUAAAUGGGGUUUAGCACAAUUUAUGAACAUUAAGAGUCUGAUGGAAUACCACAGUAAUUUUAGUGAGUGUUUAAAUUCUUUGUGUUCAGAAUCACUGACUAAAGUUAAAACAUGGAGGUGAGGUAUGCUUUUUUAAUGGCGGCAGUUAAAUACAAGUUUUUUUCUACGCAGAGAGGAUUUUCUUUUCAAUUCAGGAUUAUGAAAAAGUUAUAUGCAAGCAAAAUUUUUGUUUUUUUCUUUAGCUCACUAAUGUUGGGCUUGAUGGAGACUUAGCUGAAAGGGCCUUACUACCACCAGCAUUUAAGUGCGAAAAGAUUGAUACACUCAAUCUCUUGCACGUAUAAAUGAAAAUACCUGAGGUGUGCCCUGCCCUUUACCUAGCUUAUAUGUUUGAUGGAAGAUGAUGAAAUGAAGAGUUUAUUUUUUUAAAUAUAUUUUACCAUGGGAAGAAUUACUUUAAUAACUUUUCAAGCCAGGUGUUGAUUUUAACAAAAUACUUAGAAGAGAAUCAUUGUAGCUGCUUAUUUUUUCAUAGUCUAUUUAUGAACCAGGUUAGAAACUUUCAUGGGUGCUUCACUGAUACGAAAAAACCAUAACAAAAGGUUGUAUUUUGUAAGGAAAGGUCAUUACAAAAUAUCUUACAAAAUAUGAAACCAGCAAGACUGUUUUCAGGUAACACAGUUCAAGAAGUGUUUGAAUUCAGAUCUGCAGACUUGGCUAGUCCUUGAUUCAGCAAACACUUAAGGCCAUGGAUGGCACUGAAACGACUCAUACGUCUAAAGCUAAGCACACACUGAAAUGUCUUUGCUGGAUCUGGGCUCUAGUGUAGGCAGACAAUAACCCUGCAGUAUGUGCUAUCACUCUGAUUCAAUAUUUGCCAUCCUUGGCUGAAAGCACAUCUUCAUGCCCAUCUUCCUAUAACUACGGUAUGUGUGAUUUAAUAGAAAACUCUAGGAUAACUAAAACAUCUAUUAAAAGUGCAUCAUGCAAUAAUCAUUCUCAGCAAAAUUACAGUGAAACAAAAAGUGACUGUGUUAAAAUAAUAUUCUUAGCUGCAUUCAGAAUUAUGGACUAUGUGUGUUUGCUUCAAAACUAUGUAUAAUGGUAGAAAAAAUAUGCAGCACAAAUACGGGACUGAAACCUUGAAUUUAUUUUUAAUUUAUUACCUCAGACAUGGAUAUAUUAUGCCAAUAUUUAAUGAAAAUAGCACUGAAAAUAAAUACCUGUUAUUCUGAA